GUGGCGGCACCUAGGGGAGGCAGUGGAAAGUUCCCCUACAGCAACCCCCUCAUUCUCCCGAAGUGUGCUACGAUGCAGAACACCUCAGGAUUGCCGAAACUUUCUCCGUUCCUUCUGAAGCCACUGCUUGUUCGCGUGGAUACCCGAGUAUUUGUUCCCGGAGCUAGCGCUGGCGGGAAUUCCGUGUCCAAGGUGCGGGAAAAGGGGUUCGCCAGAUGGAUGGAAUCCCAAGGGGCCACGGCGGGUGUUCAUGGAGGAAGACGUGGGGUAUAUCAUAGGAUUCCGGUACAAGUGCGAGCGGUGUGUUGAAUACAACGGGACCGUGGAGGAGUCGGAGCAGCGCCGUACCAGUUUCAACGCGUGGGAUGUAGGAUGCCUGGAUCGCCUUCCUGACUACGUGUCGAAGGAAUUUCUUUUCAUUCUCACUCAUCGGUCGGGUAUCGACAUUCGUCUUGUCGACCGGCUCGCAGACGACCUGGUCCAUGGGAAGGGCUUCUCCGCCGCUGCCAAGUACAUCCGCCAGGCACACACGACGAAGUUUAUGGUGUAUCAACUGAAGUACGUGUCACUGGCUGACGCCCGGCGAUCGAGCCGGGUGAGCUUGUUCGGAGCGGCCCCAGUACCAGAGAAGUUUGGGAUUUUUGAUGACACCGAGAAGUACUGCGGUGCGGUGCCCUCGGACCACUACCUGCGGGACGUGUGGCGCACGUACUUCUCAGAACUUCCUGUGCUGGAGGUGGAAGGCGUGAAGUGGACGCGGGAGGACUAUUUGCCCCGCGUGCACCAGCGCUGGGACGGAACCGUACUCGCUGGAGAUGCUUCGUUCAAGUUUGCGAACAUCAUUCGGCGAGGGGCAACAGCGCACGGAGAGCGCACCCGCCCCGUGCACGGCAUUUUCACAGUCUUCAACGAAUACGAGCAGGUCCAGUAGCAUGCGCCUCUCGCCGUCCGUAGAAAUGUUUCGUUCGUACUUUGAGCUUGUUUCCCCUGUGGUGUUUUCGUCGUAGGGGUGUUUGCGUGUUAGUCCUUAGGUCUUGUGCCGUGUUGCCGUGUGGUGUGUGCGAAAUUGGUUCCACCUGGGUUCUCUCAUGGAACCUGAGCCGUGGUCCGAUUUUCCACUCGCUGUGUUUCCUUCUUACAUGCCUCUUGCCAGGUUUCGGCGCGCACAGAACGAACUGAAAUGCAUUUAAGCACGGAAGAAAAGGGUGUUCCCGCCCUGCCUUUGCAAUGUCUGCCGUGGCUCAUACACUGAAAGCUGAAUUUUACUUGUAUAUACGUAAAACGGGCAUGGGGUUCCGGGUGUUCCUGUUGUAUAAAACCGCCCAGCAAUAUGAUGCAGGGAGGAACCGAUGAUUCUGUGGUAGUAGCUUGCACCUGCAGCGUGCGACACAGCAGUAGCGGUUACGCGUCAUGGUUUCGGCGAGUCCUAUGUAUUAUGAUGUUGAUACCGUUUUUUCUCUGUAUCUUUGGUUCGAAGCACGACACGACAAGUGGGCGAGAGUUUAUGACUACUAGUUUCAAGAAGACGUCACGUUAUGAUGGCGAGCACGAAGAAUACUCCUUU